GUCCCCCGCGGCGCGGCCGAGCACAGCAGAGUCUGGAGCCGCAAAGGAGCGCGCCGCCCGCCGGUUUCCCUACCCACUUGAGCGUCCCAGCUCCCCGACCACCACCCGCCACCAUGUCUAGCGAGGACCUGGCCCGCAAGCUGCAGCACCGACUGAGGCUCCAGGCGCGGGCGGAGGACGGCCAAGACGGCCCCCAACCCGCACCCUGCUCUACCGGGACCCGGGAGACCGAAGCCCCCGCCCGGGAGCUGGUAGCCAGCGCCGACGCCGAACUUAGCGCCCAGCUGAGCCGGAGGCUGGACAUCAACCAGGGCGCGGUGCGGCCCCGGCGCUGCAAGGUCUUCAACCCCUAUACCGAGUUCCCGGAGUUCAGCCGCCGCCUCCUCAAGGACCUGGAGAGCAUGUUCAAACUGUAUGAUGCUGGACGGGAUGGCUUCAUUGACCUGAUGGAACUGAAGCUCAUGAUGGAGAAACUGGGGGCCCCCCAGACCCACCUGGGUCUAAAAAGCAUGAUCAAGGAGGUGGAUGAGGACUUCGAUGGCAAGCUCAGCUUCCGGGAGUUCCUGCUCAUUUUUCACAAGGCUGCUGCUGGAGAGCUGCAGGAGGAUAGUGGGCUGAUGGCACUGGCCAAGCUCUCUGAGAUUGAUGUUGCCCUGGAGGGUGUCAAAGGUGCUAAGAACUUCUUUGAAGCCAAGGCCCAGGCCUUGUUAUGCUCCAGUAAGUUCGAAGCUGAAUUAAAAGCUGAGCAAGAUGAGCAGAAGCGGGAGGAGGAGGCCAGGAGGCUCCGCCAAGCGGCCUUCCGGGAGCUCAAGGCAGCUUUCAGUGCAUAGUCCUGUUGACCUGACCCCUGACCACAGCUGUGCCUCACAGAUGCCCCAGAGAUGACCGGAAUUUCUACAUUUUCACCCCCGCUGCCCCCUCCCUGAGCCACCACUCCCUCAGAGCCUUGCUGGCUGGCCUUUACUCCUCUGUCCUUAUCUGUAGCCAAGACUUGCCUCUUCUUGGCAACUGUCACUUUCCUUGCCUGUGUAUGGCUGUGUGUCAAGUCCUGUUCCACUGUGGUCCUCAGGACACGUUGUGCAUCUUCUCAGGCAGUUCUUCCCUGUGGCCUGUGGUUCCCCAUCCAUUUCUGGCCAGCUUCCUGUUCUUGUUCUUUAAUUCCACUGAUUGCUUUUUCUCUGUCCUGUGUGAUGGUGGGAUCCAAGGGAAGACCUGUGGACCAUUACCCAUCCCCUCUCCCAACCAGGGGAGUAGCUCACUGUCCACUGCCUAUCCCCUGGCCCUCAGCAGUGCCUACCUUCUUAUCCCCCUCAUCCACGCCUUCUCUUUCAACACCUAAACCCUUUACAACUUAACUGUAAGAAUGAAAGAGUGGAGCCCGGUGUGGUGGCGCACGCCUUUAAUCCCAGCACUCGGGAGGCAGGGGGAUCUCUGCAGUGAUUUCAAGGCCAGCCUGGUCUACAUAGUAAGUUCCAGGCCAGCUUGGGCUACAGGGAGACAAUCUAAAAAAAAAAAAAAAAAAGAAAAAAAAAGACCAAAAAUGAAAGAGUUGUUAGAAGUAAUGUUAAUGAGCAGAGGGUUGCUGUCAGCUGGCUCCAAAGAAAUCAGAGUAGACCCCUGACAUCCAGUCUUGAAACCCCAGAAGUCAUGACUAUCCUCAUCAGACCAAUUUCCAACACUGGCCCCAAUGGGUUGAGGUGAAGGUCAGAUUUUUGUGUCUUUUAAGUUCUUGGGAUUUCUCACAAAUACCAGGGGGUUGUAUUUUUUACAAAAAUAGUUCCUUAUGUCAUAUUUAUUCUCCUUUGUAACUGCUGUCUUUAAAAAAAAAUCUGCCUUUCUAUCUUACAGCUGUUUGCUUUUAAAUAAAGUGUGCAAACAAUCUUUGCCUUCA